AUGAGUUCGUAUCGUAGUUUGCAUCGCCAAGAGAUUCUUCCCGGAACUGCCAUCUGGGACAUCGCCACGGCGCCCUUGCUGUCGUCCAACCACGCGACUAGUGUUGCCAACACUGCUGUUUCGUCAGCCACACACUGGAGAUUCCUCACGGCGACUUCGGACGGAAUUGUGCGCCUGUAUAGUGCAGCGGAAGCAUCGUUGGAUGCCAAGCAGGACGUCUUGGACGCGUCCGCGCUUUCCGUCACGCUUACGCACGUCUUACUCGGACCAUCGCAAACUUACCCAGUCACGGGUCGUGUAUUGGGAUGCACACAAGUCAGCGUCGCUAGAAAUUACGUCGGUGACGAUGACGACGCGGGUAAUUUGGUCGUGGCUUCGCUGGAGCUUCCAGGGACGGUGCGCAUUUGGGAACUGGAUGAACGCAUGGACGAUCGCCUGCCGAGAACGACUCCGGAUCUGACCGACGAGAACGAUAGUCCGUCGCAGAUACGUGCGCUACACGAAUUUACGGUACCCAACGCAACCGGAACAACCCUUCGGCUUUGUCCACCCCGACUGCAAGGUGUCGGGGGCGAUGUAGUCAUAGCGGUAGGCUGUCUCGACGGAACGGUUGCCUUGGUAGCGACCGGCCUGUGGACACCACAAAGAGUCGACCACGCUGGCAAGAGUAAGGAACCAACAAAAGCUGGUACCGUGUUGGAUUCCUGGGGCAGUCAAGGCUCGGCGGUUCCUCUUUGCUUCACGUGGCAUCCUGUACAGCCCCAAACUCUGGCCGUGGGCCGGGAAGACGGUAUCGUGGAUGUAUUGACGGACAGUCGCAAGUCGCAGCACCGAUUUACCCAGCACGAAAAUCCCGUCCGGGGAGUGGCUUUUACUGACGAUGGUCACUUGUUGGUGGCCGGAUCGGACGACGGAUUUCUCACAAUUUGGGAUUUUAGUCGUCCGGUACCGGCACUCGUUCAUCACGUUACCAUGGCUCAUCGUUCCUUGAUUUUAAAGGCUACGCCGCUUGAUCACCGACGAUUUCUGACCACCGGCGCUGAUCGUCAAUUGCAUGUUUGGAACGUGGGACAGAUGAGUACCGGGCCGGUGCACACAUUUCAAACAGAUCACAGUGUGUGGUGUACCGAACGAGUCGUCCGCGGAGCGUCUCGGUUGGUCACCGGGAGUGACACAGGAUGGCUCCAAGUCUAUUCUUUGGCAAAGUAA